AUCGUGACGUCAGAGGGUGCUUCCUCAGUGGCGCCCCCUGGCGGGGAACGCGUGCAAAAAGUCCAGCUGUUAGGAACGUCCAGUUUGAGUUUCUUUUCAAUGCGUUUUUUUUUGCGAAUUUAAUGUGAAUUUCGGUCUAAGACAGCCCUCAACCUAUAUUCAAUUUUAACAUGGGUCCUGUCUUGAAGCAGGGAUAAACUGAAAGCUAAAGCAAACUUCACAGGUCAAGACGCGAUGGCGUCGGCAGCGGGCACCAUCGAGAUCCCGCUGCGGGACAACCCGGAGGAGGUGAUCGAGCUGGACGCCGGCCAGCUGCCAGAGGGGGACGAGGUGCUCACCAUCCUGCGCCAGGAGGAGGCGCCGCUCCACCUCUGGGUCACCGUGGCCGUCCACUACUUCAAACAAAACAAUGCCGCCGACUUCGUCAAGAUCCUGGAGGCGUCUCGCACCGAGGCCAGCCUCAACUACCGCGACUUCCAGAAGGACCAGAUGCGCGCUCUGGACACGCUGGCCGCCUACUAUGUGCGCCAGGCCAACAGCGAGAAGAACAAGGACCGCAAGAAGGAGCUGUUCACCAAGGCCACCCUGCUGUACACCACGGCUGACAAGAUCAUCAUGUACGAUCAGAACCACCUGUUGGGCCGCGCCUACUUCUGUCUGCUGGAGGAGGGCGACAAGAUGGAUCAGGCCGACGCCCAGUUCAACUUCGUGCUCAACCAGUCGCCCAACAGCAUCCCGUCGCUACUCGGCAAGGCUUGCAUUGCCUUCAACAAGAAGGACUACAAGGGUGCGCUGGCGUUCUACAAGAAGGCGCUGCGUACGAACCCGCAGUGUCCGGCUGACGUCCGUCUCGGCAUGGGCCACUGCUUCCUCAAGCUGGGUAACGCCGAUAAGGCGCGGCUGGCGUUCGAGCGAGCUCUCGACCUGGACGCCAACUGUGUCGGCGCGCUCGUCGGACUGGCCAUUCUGGAGCUGAACAACAAGCAGCCGGAGUCGAUCCGCAGUGGUGUGCAGAUGCUGUCGCGCGCCUACACCAUCGACCCCACCAACCCCAUGGUGCUCAACCAUCUGGCCAACCACUUCUUCUUCAAGAAGGACUACGGCAAGGUGCGGCAGCUGGCCACCUAUGCGCUCUACAACACGGAGAACGAUGCGAUGCGUGCCGAGAGCUGUUACCAGCUGGCACGCGCGUUCCACGUGCAGGCGGACUACGAGAAGGCGUUCCAGUACUACUACCAGGCGACGCAGUUCGCACCGCCGAGCUUCGUGCUACCCAACUACGGACUCGGCCAGAUGUACAUCUACCGUGGCGAUACGGAGAACGCCGCACAGUGCUUCGAGAAGGUGCUCAAACUGCAACCGGGGAACUACGAGACGAUGAAGAUCCUCGGAUCGUUGUACGCCACGUCGACGAGCGAGUCCAAACGUGACAUCGCGAAGGGUCACCUGAAGAAAGUCACCGAGCAGUUUCCGGAUGACAUCGAGGCCUGGAUCGAGCUGGCCCAGAUCCUGGAAGGCAUUGACCUCAACGGCUCGCUGGCUGCCUACAACCACGCCAUCGGCAUCCUGAAGGACAACGUUAUGGCCGAGAUCCCGCCCGAGCUGCUCAACAACGUGGCCUCGCUGCAGUUCCGGCUGGGCAACCAGGAGGCGGCGCACAAAAACUACGAGCUGGCGCUGGACCGGUGUAAGCGCGAGUCGGAGCAUGACGCGCAGUACUACAACAGUAUCAGCAUCACGAUCACCUAUAACCUGGCGCGGCUGUUCGAGGUGCGCUGGCUCAACGACCGUGCCGAGAAGCUCUACAAGGACAUCCUGAAGGAGCACCCCAACUACGUGGACUGCUACCUGCGACUGGGCUGCAUGGCCCGCGACCGUGGUCAGAUUUACGAGGCAUCUGACUGGUUCAAGGAAGCUCUGCAGGUCAACAACGAGCACCCAGACGCCUGGUCUCUGAUCGGCAACCUCCACUUGGCCAAGCAGGAGUGGGGACCCGGCCAGAAGAAGUUCGAGAGGAUCCUGAACACGACGCCGCACGAUCCGUACUCGCAGAUCGCGCUGGGGAACGUCUGGUUACAGACGCUUCAUGUGCCCACCAAGGACAAAGACAAGCUACAGCGGAACCAGGCGCGCGCGCUGGCCAUGUACAAAGAGGUGCUGCGCCACGACCCGCGCAACAUCUGGGCGGCCAACGGCGUGGGAGCCGUCAUGGCGCACAAGGGCUACAUCUCAGAGUCCCGCGACAUCUUCGCCCAGGUCCGCGAGGCCACGGCUGACUUCUGUGACGUGUGGCUCAACAUCGCGCACGUGUACGUGGAGCAGAAGCAGCUGGUCAGCGCCAUCCAGAUGUACGAGAACUGCCAGAAGAAGUUCUUCAAGUACAACAACGUGGAGGUGCUGCUGUACCUGGCGCGCGCCUACUUCAAGGCGGGCAAGCUGCGCGAGGCCAAGAUGACGCUGCUGCAGGCGCGACGUGUGUCGCCCCAGGACACGGUGCUGCUCUAUAACCUGGCGCUGGUGCUGCAGCGACUCGCCAUGCAGAUCCUUAAGGACGAGAAGUCCAACCUGAAGACGGUGCUGCAGGCAGUGCACGAGCUGGGCCUGGCGCACAAGUACUUCCAGUACCUCUCCAUCAACGGCGAUCGCAUGAAGUACGACCUGGCGAUGGCUGAGGUGGAGGCGCGCCAGUGCCAGGAUCUGCUGUCUCAGGCGCAGUACCACGUGGCCCGCGCUCGUCGACAGGACCAGGAGGAGCGCGAACAGCGCCGCCGCCAGGACGAGUCGCGUCAGACGUUCCUGCAGCGGCAGCAGGAGGAGCAGAGCCGGCGCGAGGCCGAGCGGCGCCAGCGUCUCGAGGAGCAGAUGCGCGCUCGCGAGGAGUUCAAGGAGAAGAUGAAGAACGCCGUCGUGAUCCCAGAGAUCCCGUCAGAGCCCAGCCGCGGCAAGAAGCGCGGCCGCGGCCGGCGCGACUACGUCUCCGACUCUGGCGGCUCUGGCGGCGAGCAGGGCGGCGGUCCGUCCGGCAAGAAGCAGCGCAAGCCGCGCGAGAAGAAGGAGCGCAAACCGGGCAAAGGCCGCAAGAAGCGCGAGGCCGGCUCGGGAUCGGACGGCGAGCCCCGCGGACGCGCGCGCAAGAAGAAGAAGGCCGAGACCGAGGACGUGGACGGCUUGACGGUGAAGCAGCGUCGCAAGGUGGUGUCCAAGGCGACCAUCUCGGACUCGGACAGUUCCGACUCGGGCGGGGCCCGCCGCCGCCGCGACAGCAGCAGCGACGACGCCGGCGCCGGCGGACGCGGCAAGAUUGUCUCCGACUCGGACGAAAGCCCGGCGCGCUCGCGUUCCGGCUCGCCGCGCAAGUCACGCUCGCGCUCAAAGUCUGGCUCCAAAUCGCGUUCUCGAUCACGGUCGCGCUCUGGCUCCGGCUCGCGCUCGGGCUCGGCCGGCUCUCGGCGGUCGGUGAGCCGCUCAAAGUCCCGCUCUCGGUCGCGCUCUGGCUCGCCGGGGUCGCGCCGGUCGCGUUCCAAGUCGGGUUCCCGCUCCGGAUCCGGUUCCCGCUCGCGCUCGAGGUCUGGAUCCCGCUCCAAGUCCCGCUCCAAGUCCCGCUCUAAGUCUCGUUCUAGGUCCCGGUCUAGGUCUAAGUCUAAAUCCCGUUCCCGUUCGCGGUCCCGCUCUGGAUCUCGGUCUGGCUCGGCGGCAUCCAAACGCUCCGGCUCGCCGGCUUCUCAGCGAUCGGGGUCGGGUUCGGACUGAGCUGUGAGCUGUGCGACUGUCGGACUGGACUGGAAGUGCCACUGGACUGGACUGGGGACUGGAAAUAUGGCGUGAUCGGAGUGAGUGAGAGUGUGAUGUGCGGUCGCCGGCCGCUAGGACUGAUGGUGGUCGCGGUGUUUAGUGUUAUGGUGCUGGGCGUGUUUCGUGCCAGACUGCGGGCAUCGUUUCCCAUGUGUAUAUGUACAGUGCCGCGUUCAAGAUAGGACGCACCUGUCUAACAGUGUCCACAUUUGGACGAAUUUCAUCGUCAUUCAUGCCCUUGUCGCUUUCUCGCUGAUGUGAAACUGUUUCAGGGAGAGCCAUUGGAUAUGGAGAGCUUCAUCGAUAUAUUUUCAGGUACGAAAGUUUAAAUUGCUAGAAACGCAUUUUGUGUUGCUUUUUGUGGCAUAACAUUUCGUUUUCAGCUACCACUAAAUAGUUAUAAAGUCGCUACUGGUCUUAUGUAAAAGUGAAGCAUGACGAACAGUCCCACAACAUUCAGCUGAUGCCUAACACAUGUAUGUGAUUGUGUUUCCAGGCCGUGGCACACCCUUGUGCUUUACAAUUACAAUUUUGUGGACAAUACAUUGCAUCAAGCGGUGA